AUGACACCUGGUAUAGGUUUUAGCCCACCAACAACCCAACUUGAAAUACGCAUGUGGAGAAAACUGAAGACUGGACUGUUUGUUAUUCAUUCUCCUUCAUGGACCAACUGUCCACACUACCACUUUAACUAUGAUGAAUCUGGGAAUAUUCCUAAGGCUUUCUCUCUCUGCCUUGUUGAUUUUGAAAGCCCUUGGCUCGCCUAUAAAAGGUCAGAGCAGCGGUGACACAAAUGCUGGCGGUAAUGCUGUAUCGUACAGAGGAGUAGCGGCUGCCCGCUCGGCACCUGCGUCCUUCAUGGCGUCUGACGCUGCCACUGGUUCUCAUGGAUCAACACCAGUGGUAGUUCUGAAUCCAGCGGUCUCUCAGCCUGUUCUUCAGAUGGCUCCAAGACUAGUUGCGGCUGGCUCGUAUAUGCCAGCACAAGUGGCAGUUCAAACUCCAGGUGUUUCCCUACAAACUCUUCAACCAGCUCCACUAGUAGCGGCUGGAUCCUAUUUUCCACAACAAGUGGCGCUCCAAACUCCUGUUUCUCAGUCGGCUCCAGCAUUUGUUGGUGCAGCAUCUUAUGUAACAUCACCAGUUGUCCAAGAUCCUGCUGGGUCUCAGGUGGUCUAUCAGGCUGAACCUGGGUUCAUCGGCUUGAGCCCUGCUGUAUCUGUGGUAGAGUACCCUUAUGACUAUGCAUCAACUGGAGCUGCUCAGUCUGAGCCACAAGAGACUGAGUGGGUUAUUGCUCCCCAAGACUUUGAGGAUGCAGCUGCGAACAGCCAAGCCCUCAGCCUGGAUGACAUUCUCCCCGCGGCUGCUCAGCCGCCACUCGGGCCCGUCCUCCAGUCUGGUGAGACUUCCAACGUUGUGAAGGAAGCUGAACGUGGCAACUACCAGCAGCAGACAGAAGAAUUUGGCUACCCAGAUGACGUUGAAGUUCCUAGGCAGGGUUUUCAAGGAGUGCCCGUGCCCCUCCCUGGUCUGGGUGGCGUGUGGGGUUCCCCUUUCUUUAACUUCGACUACAACCUUCUGUAUGGUCGAUACCCUCCUGGCACUUACAGUACCUUCAGCAAUCAGAACGAAAAGGGAAAAGACCACUCUCAGGAAAUCCACUACUUGAAAGAGCAUAUUACUGAAGGAGACGAUUCUGGGCAGCAGAAGUUCUUUCCAGGUGCCAGCUAGAACUCUGGACAGCAUGUCUGCCUAGAGGAGCAAUGUUUGCACUAAUGGUCUUUCAGGCUAAACGCCAUAUGCUGAAUCUUUCAAAGCAUGCAUUUACUUUCAAUAAAAUCUUGUCAAAAACCUCA